UUUCGAUCUGGUUGGUUGUGUUUUUUGGCUUCUCUCUGCGUGCGCCGUUCGUAGGUGGGAAAAACGGAAAACAACAACAGCGAAGAACAGAAAACAGAAGAACUUGCUGCAAACCGAAUCGAAAAAAAUCGAAGAGGAACACUUCAACUCCAGUUUACAUUUGGUCCUGCGACUUUUUAGAAACCAAUCGGAAAUUUACACUCUCUAUUCCUUUCUGUUUUGCCGGCAAAAACAAAAACCAGAAGCGGCCAAAGAGAGGCGCAAAAACAAACGCAGAAAGCGAAGCAAAAUGUGAAAAAUUGCCGAACAUGGCGCCGCGUGUGUGAACGAGAGCGAACGAUCGUGUGAGAGGGAGAUAGGGACAGGGACGGAGCGAAGAUAAACAAUAAAAAAAAAACAAUUUUUGAUACUUAACGUUCUACAACAACAAUAAACUCAGCUCAGGUACAACAACAAAUCAGAAAAUUACGAAAAACACAACAGACUGCAUUGACGGGAAUUUUUCCAAGUAUUUUUGAUACACACAGCAAAGAGGUGUACGAUUUUUAAGCAAUAAGUGAAAGCAAUUACCCAUCAAGUUAAAAGUAAUACCAUCUCUCGGUAGAACCCCACUCGGAAAAUCCAACUAAAAACAAUUGAAAAAAAUAAUCUAACCAGACUAAAUCGCAGAAUAACAAGCAUUUACUAUACACACAAUUCAAGAAAUAAAUUCCGAAAAUAAAAAUCUAUAAAAACCGUACAACUGAAUAAAAUCAGACUUUUGUCUGCAAAAUUUCGAAAAAUUUACAAAAAACCCGCUAAAAUUCACGAAAACUCACUGGAAAACAACACACACCAGACCAUCAGUUGAGAAAUAUUCUGGAAUCGGUUCAAAAAUAAAUAAAUAUAUGCCAGCAGCAUUUAAAUAGACCACAAAUCGCGCAUCGAAAAAAUCAACAAGCAAUAUUUUUGAAAUUUAUAAUCGUGGGCAAAAUGCUGAUACGAAAUAGAGAUUGAGGAUUCUCGAGGACAGCCAACCAAAUCUUUUCUCGCUGCAAAGAGUGCAUAUUCUCAAAGGAAACAAACACAAAUUUAUGGCUCCGCGUCGCAACAGCAACAUCAGCAGCAGCGGCAACAGCACCCAGCAGCAGCAUCACCAGCAGCACCACCAGCAACAGUUGCAGCAGCAUCAGCAGCACCAGACGCAGCAGCAGCAACUGCUGCAGUUCUACGCGGAGAACGCGAAUUCUUCAGGCGUCCUAAUGGCGCCCAUGCAGGGAACUGGUGGCGUUGGCGGUGGCGGUGGCGUAGUCCACUGCUGCCUGCCCAGCGGAGAUUGCCGCAAACUGGACACGCUGAUACCGCUGAACGAGCUCUCGCUGGCGGACUGCAUCCGCGUGCUGUGCAACAACGAGAACUGCAGCGCCGGCCAGUACAUGCACCGCGAGUGCUUCGAGUGGUGGGAGGCGAGUGUCCUGCAGGCGCUCAAGUCCAAUGGCCGGGCUCGCUCCUGGUCGGAGAGGCAGCGUCUGCAGCAUCUGUGGACCAAGAAGGGCUACGAGCUGGUCCAGAAGGCCUGCAGCUGCAAGUGCGGCCGGGGGCAGCUGCGCAAGGAUCUCGACUGGGUGCCGCCGAGCAGCCAGGGCGUCAUUUACCUCAACGGGUCAACGGGCAAUGGUAGGGCCAAUCUGGCCAAUGGCAGCCUCAGCGAGGACGACGACAAGAAGAAGGCCAAGAAGAAGCGGAACCGCAACAACAACAACAACGGCGGUGGUGGCGGCGGUGGUAAUGGCAACGCCAAAACCCCCCUGAGCAACAACAACGGCAACAGCUACGCCGGACUCACGCCCAAUCCGAAUGUGGGCGUCAUAGGAUCGGGCCUGCCCCACAACAACGGCAACACCACCUCCAAUGGCAGUGGCAGCAAUGGCUCCUCCGCCGGCCUGCUGCAGCCCAGUGCGCUGGCCACUUUCAGCAACAUCCUCAAUCCGAACAAUGUCCUCGGCCUGGACCUGCGCGCCCGUGCUGGCAGCCUGUCCUCCAGUGGAGCCGGCAGCGGAUCCACCUCGCCAUCGGCCUCGCAGUCCAGUGGCGAGAUAUCCGUGUCGCCGGUGCAACAAUUGCUGCAACAGCAGCAGCAGCAGCAGUCGCUGCUCAUCCAGCCUCUGGGCCCCGCUUUCGGCAGCAAUCUGCUGCAAAAUGGACUGGGCUUGUCCAAGAACCUGCUGAUUGCUCCCCAGCAGCAGCAGCAGCAGCAACAACAGCAGCAGCAGAAUAACCUGCCUGCUUUGGCCAACAUCAGCAACUUCAAGCCAUUGGCCAGCUACGAGCAGCAGCAACUGGUGCAGCAGCAGAAGAACAAGGAGGUGGAACUCUAUUCCGAGCGAGUGCGCUCCACAUCUGGCUGCAAUGGGAUCUUUUCGCGUCGCCUGGACUUUUCGUCGUUCAAUUUGCUGCCAAAGACUCGUUUGAAUUCUUAUCAAGUCAAGAUUGAGGACGAGGGCAACCACGGCAACGAUGAGACGCGUCUCUUCAUCCUCUCCUCGCUGGCCCAGUCCCAGAUGAGCCGGGUGGCCUGCAUCUUGUGCGAGGAGCCGCUGCUCGUAUUCGAUCGCUAUCCACUGGUCGAUGGCUCCUUCUUCCUGAGUCCCAAGCAGCAUUCCAGCGGCUGCAUCGAGGUUAAAUACGAGGGACGCACUCUCUACUUGACCUGUGUGUGCAUGAGCUGCCUGGACGGAACCUCCAGCAGCCGCGUCAUCAACUGCAGAUUCUGCAAGGAGCCGUGGGAUGGGUCCAGCCUGGUCCUGGGCACCAUGUACGCCUACGACAUCUUUGCGGCCAUGCCCUGUUGCGCCGAGCGGUUCAAGUGCAAUAACUGCUUCAAGAUGCUGAUGCAUCCGCAGCAGCGUCUGAGCUUCUACAGUGACUACUCGCACGGAGUGACCUGUCCGUACUGCAACACGCAGGACACGCACUUCGUGAAGCCGCUGAGCUUCUGCUACGCCAAGAGCCCGGCGACGCGGCUGCCGACGCUCGCAUAACAUGAGGCCCCGUUGGAGUCGCCCGUGGGAACAGGUGCCACCGCCACUCAGGUGCCAAACGCCCAGGGCGCUCCAACGGCCUCCAACGGCUGCAGCAGCAACACCAUCGGCAUCUCCAUCGCCAUCGCCAGCAAGCAGCCACCAAAGCAGCCGCUCUACAAUGCCGCCAUCGAUUAUUCGGCACCGCUGCAGCAGCAAAUUAACCCGGACUUGAUUGGAGCCCAUCCGCAUGCCCAGCAGCAUCAGCAGCAGGUGCGGCAGCAGCAGCAGCAACCACAGCAGCAGCAGCCACAACAACAGCAGCAGCAGCAGCAACAAACACAACAGCAACAGUCACAACAGCAACAGCAGCAGCAGCAGCAGCAACAUCAGCCUGCGGUCAGCUCAUUUCAGAGGAGCAACUUCACUCAGCAGUCGCAUAAAACCAUGAACAUGAUGGCCAUGACAGAUGUGAUGAGCAAGUACCAGCAGCAGCAGCAACAGCAGCAGCAACAGCGCCAGCAGCAACACAACCUGCAGCCACAGCAGCAACAUGCAACACAGAAAGGACUCGAGGGCCUUCUAUUGACCAACACAAACACAACAAACAACAACAACAACAGCAGCAGCAGCAGUAUUAGUAACUUAAUCAUUAGCCAUAAUUCAGCCAGCAAUACAGGCAACAAAAUGCAGCCCACUUGGGGCCAAAGCGAUGCCAUCUCGGCAUUGUGGGGCUGCUCCAGCAGCAGCAGUGGCUGCUCCUCGGGCAGUGGAUCGCAGCCCUCGUUGAGUCCGACGGCCAGCAGCAUUGGCAACGAUGGCUCCAAGAUGAUGUUGUGGGCGGCCCAAAGCUCGCCACAAAAUGCUGCAACACUCAGGGAUUCAGGAUUCAAGGAGUUGCAGCGCCAGCAGCAGCAGCAACAGCAGCAACAGCAGCAGGUGCCACAGCAACUGCCACAUGCAGCCUCGCCCACAGCCUCGCUGACCAGUUCCAGUUCCUCCUCGAACGGAUGGAGCGCCUCGCAUUAUGGCAAGCCCAACAUCUGGGAGCUGCCAGGAUCCGCUGGCCAAAGGACGCCGGCCAGCAGCCACGACAUCUUCACCGAUCUCCUGUGCAACCUGAGCAUCAGUCAGGACAACAGCAGCCAGCAGGCCAAGGCCGAUGCCUCCGACGUCAGCUCGAAUUCCUCCUCGUCGGCCGGGGAGCUCCUGGAGGCAGCCAAUAUCUGGCGGUUUCCGGAGUACGCCAGUCAGCUCUACAACGAGGAGCCCACUGGCGGCGCAGCUGCCUGCAUGCAGCUCUUCAACGACUAUCUCAACAUGAACUAAUACGAAGGAUUAGGAGCCACAACAGCCUGCAGCAUUUGUUACUCUAGAUAAAUUGAAAAACAAAAGUUGAGGAAAAAGGAGUAAGCAGGAAGAGGAGGAGAGGCUAUAUAUAGGAGCCACUCCAGGAGCGAAUGUUUUAGUUUUUAAAAUCAUUUGAUUUUUUAUACAUCUAAACACAACACAUCUAAAACCGAGAGAAAACAAAGCAAACUAAAAACAAUUUUCUUGUUAUUUUUGUUGAGUUUUUUAGUUCUUUGUUUACACACCUACCUAAACGAAAACAAGCAAUUUUUAGUUUUAUUUUAUAAAGCAAAUUUUUUAUACAUUUUACCAAAAAAAAAACAAACCGAAACGUAAAACAAAAAAAAAAGGGAAAACGAGUAAACGAGAUGAAGGGACAAAAAAAAAGAAACAUUUACAUCACGAUUGAGGGAAAAGUUUUAUUUAGCAAAAAUUGAAGGCAGGGCAUUAAAUUGUUUAAACAAAUCAUGAUAAUUGCUGUGCUGCUCAAUAACACAAAAAAUUAUAAACAUAAAAGGGAGAAGGAGAAGGAGUAGAGUAGUAGAGUAUAACAGAACGUGAGAAGGGGAGAACAUGAAACAUUUGCUACAAUUUAUGAAACGUAAAAUUACAAAAAACCUAAAUUUAAAAACAACAUAAUCGAUAAGUUGCACAUCUUUACCUAAGCGAUUGGUAAUUAUUCCUAGUUUUAGUAAGCGAAAGGAGAACCUCUAGAACCGAUUAAGUUUCUCGCUCCAGUUCCGAAGAGUUCAGUUAGGUCCUCAGAGUAAUUCAGCUCCCCAGCAAACCACCCAUUCACCCACCCACCCACUCACUCACUCACUCACUCACACACACACACCCACACACCCAUAGCAACCAGGCGGCACAUGCAACAAGGUCAUCACUACCAACACCAGCACCACCACCACCCCCCGCACCAGCAACCCCUUUCAGGAGUAUUUCAAGCAGGCGACCCGCACCCACGCCCCCAAACUCUUAGUUAAGUCCUCGAUGAAAUGAAAAUAUAAUAAAAAUACUUUCGGCGCAGCGUGAUCAUUAAUUAGUAAGUCUAAGUGUUAGGUUAUAGCGAUCUUCUUGUAUAUGUGUAGGGUUCUUCUCUUUGUCUAAAAUAGCAGAGCAGCCGUAUGUGAUGGAUCUCUAAAGGUUGAGUGCGAGCAAACCACAUGCAGGCACUCACUAUCGAUAGGUUUAGUAGGUUGUAAGGUCGAUUUUUUCUAAAUUUUAAAUAUGGUAUGCAAGCAAACAUCCAACAAUUUAUAGAGCGGUUCAAUGUUUCCUGUUUUGUGUUUAUUCCGUGCUUAGAAAAGUCACCAAAACCCUGGGGUAAAAGCCCUUCCCAAUCCCACAGUCCUCUCGCCCUCCACCUCCCACUCGAACUUGUGAGUAUUUAAUCGAAUUAAAAUAAAAAUUUCCCUUCUGUGAAACUGCUUAGGCAGACUAAACCUUUUCUAAACCUUUCCCGUCUGUGAAAUUUUUGAUGAAAUUGAAAAUUAAAAACCAAUUGAUAUGUCCCCAUCUGUGAAAAAUUAUGCAAGGCAAUUCAAAUCUUCAGUUUUUCUUUAACCCCCAUCAACUGUGAAUGGUAUUUAGGCAACCUAAAUGUGAAAUAUUCUGUGAAAACUUGCAUGUAAUUGAAAGUAAAAACCUUUUGAUAUUCACCAUCUGUGAAAGUUUUGAUGAAAUUGAAAUUAAAACACCUUGAUAUUACCCCGGUCUGUGAGGAAAAGUUUAGGCAAGCUAAACCUUAAACAAGAUCAGCAGAAACUGUGUUAGAUUAUCCAGCUUCGGUUCUCUUACUUUCCCCUUUUAAAAUGUCGUGAGUUUUUAAUGAAAUUAAAAGUAAAACCCCCUUGAUAUGUGGCCCCACUGUGAGUAAAUGUUUAGGCAGCCUAAACUCAAAAUCGAUCAGCAGCAGCUGUGUUACCCCAUCCCCUGAAUCCCUCGAGUUCGCAACGAACCCUAAAUUGUAGAUCCCGUAAGUUUCGUCAAAUCAUCUGUGAGCAGAGUGCCGAGUCCUUCCCAAACAGCAUUCCAUUUCGGAAAGAUGUAGUUGCGCAGGCUCGGCACUUUUAAAUAACCUUCACUGUGAGCGUUCGAAAGGACAACAUUUUUAUGAAAAAUUCUAAACCCACACAAAAUUGUGACUAGGCCAGGCCCACCAACGAAAACACGUGUGACACCCAGUUGAGAACAAACAUUUUCAGAAAAUGUCUAAACCACGACCCCCAACCAAAAUUGCCUCCAUUAAGACAGCCAAACUGUGACAUCCCCCAUUUGCUCAGCCCCUGUGAACAUUGAAAAUGUAUUUGUAUCCCUGUGAGUUGUCCUUCGAAAGGAUUGCGAUUUUUGAGAAAAAUUUAAAACCCCCAACCCGAAAGCACUUGUGAAUGCUCCUAGACUAAGCGGUUAUCUCUUUGGUUUCACAUUAUUUCGUAUAUUUCUCAGCAGUGUGAUAUUUCUUUCUGUGUUUCCCAUCUGGCAUUGCCUGUAACUUUUUGAAAAAAGAAUUCAAAAACCUCCUCGAAUAUCUGUGAAAUACCCAUCCUUCGACACCCACCCACAGCCCCUUUUAUCCCCAUUUGGUGACUUUUGGUGAGGGAACUGCUUGAAAUACAAAACCCUGGGUAGCGGGAGUGGGAUCUUAGGUUGCAUGUGCUGCAGUUACUCCAGUAAUCACAAAUCGAACGCCUCCUUUUGGGCAUUUAGCAUUGCCGCCAUUUUACAUACCAAAUAAUACACGUUAAUUAAACGUACGACAUUUUUUUCAGAACGCAUGAAGGGACAAACUGAGUGAUAGUAAAUUUUUUUUGUAUACAAAACCCACGAUAACGAUAACGUCUUCGUUAUUCCUACUUAUAUAGAGCUACCGUUAAGUUUAUAAGUACAUACCCUAUACCUUAUACCCUAUACCGUAUACCGUAUAAACCCUACACCUAACUAACCUAAAUUGAUAGAAACUACACAUUUUGGCAUUUACUUGAGAGGAUUAUAUAUAAGUUUGGCACAGUUAUAUAUAAUUUUCGUCUAAAUCUAAGGUUUUAAUCUAGCAUACAUGUACGCGCAGGAGGAAGGAGAGGAAGUGAACUUAUUUAUAGGCAAGCCCCAACACACACACACACACAAGAACAUGACACACAGAUACACAGCUAUAGAGCAUAUAGUUAUAUAGAUAUUUAAUUGGAGUAACCCCUAGAGCCCUACGCUAAACUACACUACACUACAAAUUAUAUUGGUAUAAGUUCUACGCAAGCAAAGCUGCCUUGCUCACAAAGGCAGUGGCACCCGCACCACCAACUACUACGUAAGUCAGCCCGUGUUUUAGUUUGAUUCAGUGUUUGUUUUAGUUAAAUGUCGAGAGAUGAAACCACAAACUUAUGCCCACCUCAGCCACCAAGAAAGGAUAGAAUCGAACGAUGGACCGCGUAUAUAGAGAGAGAGAUAGAGAGAGCCCCAAAACAGUAAUAGUCAGACUUCCGAUCACAACUAACUCUAAUUAAUCGCAACCACUAGACGGCGAAUGAAUAACGCAUAUUUAGUAGAAGUCUUGAGUCUUGAAGUAAUGAGGCCCAGGAAGCGAAGGAAGGCGAUUGCGCGAGAGAGUAAAACACAUUAAAAUGUAAUUUAUAUUACCUCCUUAGCAAAAAUCAAUAACAAAUAACAAAUAACAAAAAAACAAUGUUUUCUUAAUGCAUUAUAAACUAUGAGAAAUCAAGGCAAAGUAAAACAAAAUAUAUGUACGUUUAAAUCAAGUAAUCAAUUCAUAAACAAUUAAAAGCAGUUGUUUAGUUCAUAAUUUGUACUCAAAAGAAGAAAAAACCAGCACUAUCACAUUUUAUGUUACACAAAUGAAAUAUUUGCGCGCCUUCCCCAUUUUUCCCAAUUUUUUGUAAUCUUUAGUUACUGGAACAUGCCAAAAACCGUGUAGAAGCAGCAGCAAAAUGUUUAAACUUUAACCGAAAUUCUUAAAAACCAAUUUUUGAUGGCUCCCUCCGAGCUUUCUCAGAUCAUCUGAUGACGAAAUGUACAAAUUGGUGAAGUUUAGGCACUUUCAACCGCAGUCCUCCUCCGAUUUCCUCCCAAGGUCAAGGCAAUAUAGCGCAGCAGAUAUUUCCGGAACAACAGCCCCCCUCCCCCCACUUUGUAAUCCCCCGCCCCCCAUCCAGCAAAUUUAUAGAUUGAUUUUUUUAGCCACCCGAAUGUAAUUUUUGUUUAAUUAAAUAUACACACCUAGCACACUUUUGUUUAUGCCUAAUUCGUAAUGUGUAAUAUAUGUAUACUUUGUACCUUUUUAUGUUAUACACAAGUCCUUAUCCCCUUAUCCCCCUCAAGGAAUCAACCCCUCGCCCAGUGUUUAAUGCCCCCCUCCCCCUCCCCACACCCCUACGCUCCUCCUCUCCUACACAUUUUGGCAAUUCAACUUGAAUGUCUACUUUUAAUGUAAUUUAGUUGAAUAUUUUAGUUGAUUUUUAUUAUUAUUAUUCGUACUCCGUAUGGAAACUAAAUAAAUUUAAUUGUAUU